AUGGUCUCGCAAUACGGAAUCAAACUCGCCACCUAUUUGAUUUCCGCUUCCUAUGGCGACUUUUGCUCUAAAGUAUGUGAGUGUUUGCUCAGCAGAGGAACCCUAACUCUGAUGCAAAUAAUUCGAUUCACAGAGCUCAGCAGAGAAAAUGUGGUAAACUGUUUACGAGUUUUAAUCCACCAAAAUUGCGUCCAAGCCUUCUCCAUUCAGCAAGAAGUUGCAUUUGGCGAGGCGCCUAAAAUUGUGACGCAGUACAUGGCUCUAUUUGACAACGUGAUUCACAAAAUGAGGUUCCCGAAGUUCAUGCAAAUUGUUUCUGAAGAGCUUGGGUUAGAUUGCCUAGGGAUUUUUGAGGGGUUGCUUCAACACGGAAGGCUUUCUCUUAAUCAAAUUAUUGAUAGGAAUAAGCAGACGCCAGAUAAUUCUGAUGUACAUGUUGUGCAAGAAAGCUUUAGUAUACUUCUGAAUGCCCGUUUAGUUGAACGUUGUCCUGCCCCUGAGCCAUUUCUUGCGCCUUCUUCUGAAGAAGAAACUCCAGCAAAGAGAAGGGGAACCAAAUCAGCUAAGAUUGCUGAAGCACCAAAGACCAUAGAACAGCGGGCCUUGGCAGAAGCUACUCCAAUGGAGUCGAUAAGAUUCUUGAUGGAAAUUGAUCCUCUGACUGGUGCCUCUGAGGAGAAGGGAAUGGAAACUCACAAUGUUGCAACACUUGAUGAGAAGUGGAAGCAAGAUUUCUCAGAUGCAGAAUUGUCAGCUUCUGGUAGAAAGAAAGAAAUUCUUUGGCGCGUAAAUUUCGAAGAAUUCGUGCGCCGUCUGAGGCAUAAGGCUUGCAUAGAAUAUGUUAGAAUACGACUCGGUGAUCAGUCUGGCAUUGUUCUAAGUGCAAUUCUGGAGUUGACUAGAAGCUCAGAGACUACAAUAAAAACUGAUAAAUCAGCUUCCUUGUCAAUAAAUGAUAUUUACGAUGAAGUGAUAAAGAAGGAUGGUGGUCUUGGCAUGGAUUUAGAACGUAUCAGAGCUUCUCUCGUCCAGCUUGGUUGUCAAAUCCCCACAACUGGGAUAGAUGAAACAUAUAGCAUUGAUUUAAAGAAAAUUAUUGAACUGGCUCAAAAUGAAGAGGUGGAAUCUGUUGUAUUGAAAAGAUAUGGAAGGGAAGCCUAUAGGAUUUUCAGGUUACUUUCAAAGUCUGGCAGUCUUCUUGAGACUGACAAGAUUUCAGAUACAACCUUCGUGGAGAAGAAAGAUACAUUGAAGAUUCUAUACAAGCUUUGGAAGGAUGGCUAUUUGCAUAUGGAGAAAGUCUCAGUAAACGGACCUAAACAGACUCUAUUUUUGUUGUGGGAAAUAAACAAGGAGUCUCUGUGGGUACGUGUUCUUGAUGAAAUGUACCAUGCUGCAUUGAACUUGAGACUGCGAAUCACCUAUGAGCUAGAUCAGGAAAAAGAGAUUCUUCAGUUGCCCAAAGAAAAGCUCAUAGGGGAACUGGAAAAAAGAUACAAGCGCUUGGGAAAAGUUAGGAUUAUACUGGAAUCUUCAUUGAUGAAUCUUGAUGGUGCUCUCAUGCUCUUCCAUGAUUUCUGA